AUGCCCAGUGUGGGGCUCACUGAUUCUCCUUCUGGUCUUCUAGCGUAUAUCCUAGAAAAGUAUUCGGCUGGAACUCGUGCUGAAAAUAAAGAAUUAAAAGACGGCGGUCUCACAAAACGAUUUACCAGAGAUGAGCUCAUUGACAAUAUCAUGAUUUACUGGACAAGCAAUUGUAUCACCACGUCCAUGAGGCUGUAUGCUGACACGACGUCUAAGAGAGAGCUGUCAUUGAGAGUUAACGAAAUUCCAACCUCAGUGCCUACUUGGGUGAUUCAAGCGAAAAAUGAGAUUAUUUACCAGCCUCCGAACGUCUUACGGAUCAAGUACCCUAACUUAGUCAAUGUGACGGUAAUCCACGACGGUGGUCACUUCCUCGCCUCAGAGUUACCGCAAGUCUUCUCUGAUGAUGUUCUGGAAGCGAUAAAGACGUUUAGAGCUUUACUUACGAUCAAAACUGAGCUUUGA